AUGGUCUCCUUCGAUGUGACGUCGCUGUUCACAUCUAUCCCACCAAACGUGGCCCGCGAAGUCUUGCGCAAGAGACUUGAAGAGGCGUACGAUGAGACUCAGAAUGCCCUCAAAAUUGAACACCUCAUGAGGCUGUUUGAAUUCUGCCAACAAACUUUCUUCACUUUUGCGGGAGAGACCUAUGAACAAAUCAAGGGAACCCCUAUGGGCUCACCGGUCUCCGGUUUGGUGGCAGAACUGGUCCUACAGGAGUUGGAAAAGAUUGCCUUCCUCCAACAUGAACCGGUGUUUUGGCGACGUUACGUUGACGACACGUUCGUCAUCGUAAAGAAGGACAUGCUGCAACAUUUUCACAGCCUGCUCAACGCAGUCUUCCCGGAUAUAAAAUUCACGAGAGAAGAAGAACAGGAGCAGCAGUUGCCCUUCCUGGAUGUGCUCGUCAGACGAAACCUUAACGGUGAACUUGAAACGACGGUCUAUAGGAAGGCAACGAACACCACACAGCUUCUCAGUUUUCACAGCAACCAUCCAAGGGCUCACAAACGAAGCUGUGUGAAGACGCUCUUCAAACGGAUCCAAACUCAUUGCAGCAAACUGGAAGACAGAGCGCGUGAGGCCCGUUAUCUCCGCGACCAGUUUGUGCAAAAUGGCUAUCCGAGGGCAUUCAUAAGUCGCUGCCUACGCGGUCGCCACCAGAGAACUCAAACAUCAACGCCACCGACGAUAUGGCAUGCUCUGCCAUACAUCAAGGGUGUUUCAGAAGCGACCGAGCGCAUUGCUGCGGAGCUAGGGGUUGGAAUCGCACACCGCCCCAAAGCCACCAUGCGCAACAGGGUCAUGAAGAUCAAAGACCGGUUAAAACCUGAAGAGCAAUCUGGAGUAGUGUAUCGCAUUCCGUGUCAAAGUUGUCCUUGUAAUUACACAGGACAGACCGGACGCAUGCUCGGAUCGCGCAUACAUGAACAUAAGCUGGCUGUGCGGCGAGGCGACGCAUUGUCACAAGUGGCUGCCCACACCUACGAAAUGGGUCACGAGUUUGACUUCGCAGCCACCAAAAUAGUCGCCCACGCCGGAAACAAAACAGGCCGAGAAUUGAUUGAAGCCUGGGCCUCGGAUGAGAACUCGGUCAAUCGAUUUAUCGAUCUGGCGCCGGCGUACAGAGCCCUUCGUAGUCACCUCCGGUCGUGCGACGUCGGUCGAUGA